UCGAAAAUGAAUGACACUGAUGUAUCAAAACAAAUACAGCAAAUGGUCAGAUUCAUUCGGCAGGAAGCCGAAGAGAAGGCCAAUGAGAUUUCUGUCUCCGCUGAGGAGGAAUUUCAAAUUGAGAAAUUACAAUUAGUUGAAGCUGAGAAGAAAAAGGUGAGACAAGAGUAUGAGAGGAAAACGAAGCAGGUGGAAGUACGUAAGAAAAUAGAGUAUUCUAUGCAACUAAAUGCAUCCCGCAUCAAAGUUCUCCAAGCACAAGAUGAUGUGGUGAGUGGAAUGAAGGACUCUGCUAGAAAGGCACUUUUAAAGAUUUCUGGUGAAAAGAAUAAUUACAAAAAGAUUCUCAGAGGAUUGAUUGUUCAGAGUCUGUUGCGACUGAAGGAGCCAUCAUUGUUAUUGAGGUGUAGGGAGAUGGAUGUUUCAUUAGUUAAAUCAGUUGUAGAGGAUGCAAAAAAAGAGUAUGCAGAGAAAGCCAAAGUUCGCGCCCCUAAUGUCACCAUUGAUAAUGUCUAUCUGCCUCCACCUCCAAAUGAUGCUGAUCCUCAUCGUGCCUCUUGCUCUGGAGGAGUAGUUUUGGCUUCUGAUGAUGGGAAGAUUGUAUGUGAGAACACACUGGAUGCUCGACUGGAUGUCGUUUUCAGCCAGAAACUCCCUGAGAUACGUAAACAACUUUUCAGUAAGAUGGCUGCAUGAGGAUUAUUCUCACACAAUUUCAAUAACUUCACUUGUAUGGUGGAUGAAUUUUAUUCACUCAUCUUUCCAUCUUUACUGUUAUAUUCUUUCACAUAGAUGU